AUGAUCCCCAUUGUAUUGGGCUUGGCAGCCAGCCUCAGCGUCGCUUUUGCACAAGAAUGUCCUGCUGGAUAUGCUCUCAAUACUGGCAAAUUGCCAGACAAACAAACGUUGGAUUGGGUGGCGUGCCCUGUCGACGAUGAACCCACUCUAGAAUGUGCAACCCUACUUGUUCCCAUCGACUAUAAGAAUCCUGACGUUGGACUCUUGACACUUCCCGUCGUUCGUGUCCCGGCAGCCAACGCUACUGGUAAUGCCAAAUCUAUUAUUUGGAACCCCGGUGGCCCUGGUGUUGCUGGCAUUGCCAACUUUAUCGGACAAGGUGAAGCACUCGUCACAUUGGCUGGUGGUGGCUAUAACCUUGUGACACUUGAUCCUCGAGGAACUGGUUUCACAAUUCCCUACACGUGUCCCACCGUGGAUCCAGAGGAAGGUUCCUCGUUACCACUAGAGACUGAUGCUGGACUAAACGCCACCUUCGUCACCAAUGUUAACCAGGGAAACCUUUGCGGCGAAGAAGAAUACAAGCUUGCAGGUGAGCUUGUCGGUACUGCUUUUGUCGCUCGCGACAUCGACUCCAUUGCCCAAGCCUUGAAUGAGGACGGCAUGAUCAGAUACUGGGGUUUCUCAUACGGCACUUUACUUGGAUCCACGAUUGCAGCAAUGUUCCCCGAGAAGAUCGAUCGCAUGAUUCUGGACGGCAACAUUAAUCCAACUGACUAUUAUCAUGGUACAAAUGAGGAAUCAGUCGACGAUGUGGACGCCGCUCUCCUCAACUUCUUCGAAACUUGUGUCGAGGCAGGCCCUACCUUCUGUGCCCUCGCCGAUGGAGUCUCCACAGGUCAAGAGCUCAAUGACGCCUUCAUGGCGGUUGUAGAAGGUCUCAAAGACGGAUCCGUCACUGUCUCUGUAACCGAUUCUAGCGGCGAUCCGGUCGAAUUUGGUUACGCCCAGCUCGUCAACCAAAUCUACCCAGUCCUCAAAAGUCCACGUCAAUUCCCCGAUGCAGCAGAGCUUAUAUCGGUGGUGUAUGCGAGUGCCAGGACCGCUUCAAACCCAGGGCGAUUGAUUCGACGUGAAGUAUUUGAUCCUCUCGCUGCAAAUAGUAUCGAUCCACCUCAAGCCUUGAACGCGAUUACUUGCGGCGACUGGGAUGAUUAUGACGGUACCUUGGCAGAUUUUAAAGAGUGGCUUGGUCUAUAUCAAGAGCGGAGUAAAUUCGGCGGUGACCAGUUGAUCAGCAUUCUCUACGGAUGUGCAACCUGGCAGGUCAACGCGAGGGAGAAAUACUCCGGACUGUUCACAGGCGUUGAGACCAAGACUCCUAUCCUCUUCAUCAAUGGUCCUUUCGACCCCGUGACGCCAUUCAGUUCAGCCAAGAAUUCCAGCUCUGGAUUCGUUGGGAGCGCUCUUCUCCAGACCAUGGGAGCAGGACAUUGCUCUUCAGCACAACCUUCAACAUGUGUCCAAUUGAAAGUGGCUUCUUACUUCAAGACUGGCGUACUGCCAGAUACGUCAGAGAUUUGUUAUCCCGACAAGGCCGCUUUCUCUGGAGCGAUUGUGCAAUCUGUCAACGGCACCAAUAUCGGCCCGGAGACGAACUCCACCGACAGAGCUGUGGGAGAUCUCGGAGUAGACGACGACUUCGCCGCUGCGGUGGCUGGUCUUCCCAACCUAUUAGGCAAGCGCGACAACGUUGUGUAUCCCGCAGCGUUACAACAUGUGAAGCGUGAUGUGUACCAGGUGCUGAAGGAACGACAGGCGAGCUCGGCUACGGCAACGGCGACGUUGAUCCCGGCCACUUGCACUCCCACUGCUGGAGGCUCGGGAUCCUCCGGUUCAUCGAGCUCAAGCGGAGGCGGAAAUAACAAUGGUGCCUCUCAAUUGCUCUCAGUCAGCCAUAUCUGGAGCGUUGUUGGUGUCGUGGGCUUUGCGUUGUUGGGCGCUUGUUUGUAG